UCGAAGCAUUCCUGCGACUCUUUAACAGAUUGAUCCCCAGCUACUCUUCCUUGCUCGAUCAGCAGUGAGUCCUAACCCACAUCACAAGCUCGUGGUGGUGUGUGCGUGCGGACUUGCUUUCCUCGACCCAUCCUUCUGUCACUGUUUUGGGGUGAGGACAUCGCGUGUUCCUGGCUGCCGUCUCGCACGUGGACCCCUGACCCAAACAUCCCACCGACUCUACGCAGCUGGUCAACAGAUCGAAAUCCGGCUCUGAACGAAAGCCUAGACGUUACCCGCCUCCCCUCGGGGCUGUCCCUCACCUCUCGGUUCUCUUUCUGGUGGCUCUUGAGGUUUGAGUCGGAGCAAACAUGGCAUCAUCUGGGCCCGGCUCCAACACCAUCAAGGUCGUUGCGAGAUUCCGACCGCAAAACAAAGUCGAAUUAGCGUCUGGAGGAGAACCGAUUGUUGAGUUUGAAAAUGAGCAGUCAUGUAAAAUCAACUCCAGGGAAGGCUCAGGAGCCUUCACCUUCGAUCGAGUUUUUCCCAUGGACUCGAGACAAACUGACAUUUUCGACUACUCGAUCCGCCCUACAGUCGACGAUAUCCUGAACGGUUACAACGGUACGGUCUUUGCUUAUGGUCAAACAGGUGCUGGAAAGUCAUAUACUAUGAUGGGUUCCGAUAUCGAUGACCCGGAGGGCAAGGGUAUCAUUCCGCGUAUUGUCGAGCAGAUCUUCGCAAGCAUUCUCACUAGCCCGAGCAACAUCGAAUAUACGGUCCGAGUCAGCUAUAUGGAAAUUUACAUGGAACGGAUCCGCGAUCUCCUGGUGCCACAGAAUGAUAACCUGCCUGUCCACGAAGAGAAGUCGCGUGGUGUCUACGUCAAAGGUCUACUCGAGGUCUAUGUCUCCAGUGUGCAGGAAGUCUACGAAGUAAUGCGGCGCGGUGGUGCGGCAAGAGCGGUGGCUGCGACCAACAUGAAUCAAGAAUCCUCUCGGUCCCAUUCCAUCUUCGUCGUCACUGUCACCCAGAAGAAUCUAGAGACGGGCUCCGCAAAGAGCGGUCAGCUUUUCCUGGUAGAUCUCGCAGGUAGUGAAAAAGUCGGCAAGACUGGCGCCAGUGGCCAAACCCUCGAGGAGGCCAAGAAGAUUAACAAGAGUUUGAGUGCUCUUGGUAUGGUCAUCAACGCGCUGACAGAUGGCAAAUCGACGCAUAUCCCUUACCGUGACUCAAAGCUCACUCGAAUUCUGCAGGAGAGUUUGGGUGGUAACUCUAGGACGACCCUGAUUAUCAAUUGCUCUCCGAGUAGCUAUAACGAUGCGGAAACGAUCUCAACGCUGCGAUUUGGUGUGCGCGCAAAGGCAAUCAAGAACAAGGCGAAGGUCAAUGCUGAGUUGAGUCCAGCUGAACUGAAGCAACUACUUCGCAAAGCGCAGACCCAGGUCAUCAACUUUGAGAACUACAUUUCAGCUUUGGAGAGCGAAGUUCAAGUGUGGAGAAGCGGCGAAACAGUUCCCAGGGACCGUUGGACACCAGCCAGAGGCUCGGAAGCCGUCAGCGCGGCCAAGGCUGAAGCUCGUGCAAGUGUUACGCGACCUGGCACUCCUUCUCGAUUGCAAGAAACUCCCCGAUCAGAGACACCACGACCCGACUCUAGAUACGGCGACCGAUCUAGCACCCCCAGCCUUGUGCUCGAGAAAGAUGAACGGGAGGAAUUCCUACGGCGGGAGAAUGAGCUCCAGGAUCAAAUCGCCGAGAGAGAAUCCCACAUUGCAAAUGUGGAGAGGAGCUUGCGCGAAGCUCGAGAGGAGCUCAAGAACCUCAAGGAAAACUCAGCACGCUCUGGCAAGGACAAUGAGAAACUCAGCGCGGAGGUCAACGAGCUUCGGAUGCAGCUGGAGAAGGUUUCCUACGAGGGCAAGGAAGCCUCGAUUACAAUGGACAGCCUCCGGGAAGCUAAUGCUGAGCUGACCGCGGAGCUGGACGAUGUUAAGCAGCAACUCCUUGACGUGCGAAUGAAGGCCAAGGAGACCAGUGCGGCACUCGAUGAGAAGGAGAAGAAGAAGGCGGAGAAGAUGGCGAAGAUGAUGGCUGGUUUCGACCUGGGAGGCGACGUUUUCUCAGACAACGAGCGGAAGCUUCAGGACCUUAUACAGCGGGUGGAUGCAUUGCACAAGGUCAGCGAGGCUGGCGAGCCAGUUGCCCCUGACGACCUCCUGGAGUUACGGACCAGCCUGGUCGAAACUCAGGGAUUGAUUCGGCAGGCUGAGCUUACCAUGAAUGACCAUGGUGAACUGAGCGAGCUGCAGGACAGCCGCAGACUGGAGUUGGAGCAGAAGCUGGCCGACCUCGAGCGGGACUAUGAGAGCCUUCUGGAGCGCAACCUGGGCGAAGGUGAUGUCGAAGAGAUCCGCGAGCGGCUGGAAAAGAUUUACGUGACCCGGAAGGAGACCGAGUUGCAGGCAGCGGCUGAACUCCGCAGCGAGAUUGCACGCAAGGACGAGGAGCUCGCCAAGAUGCGGCAAUCCCUUGCAGAUUCCCAGUCUAAGGCGUCGACUAACGGCGCCACCGGCAAGAACCUGCAGCAGCAGAUCGCCGAAUUCGAUGCGAUGAAGAAGUCCCUGAUGCGCGACCUGCAGAAUCGUUGCGAGCGGGUGGUGGAGCUUGAGAUCUCGCUGGACGACGCUCGAGAACAAUAUAACAAUGUGCUGCGCUCAUCUAACAACCGUGCCCAGCAGAAGAAGAUGGCUUUCUUGGAACGCAACCUGGAGCAACUGACUCAUGUACAGCGGCAGCUGGUGGAACAGAACAGCAGCCUGAAGAAGGAGGUCGCCAUUGCGGAGAGGAAGCUGAUUGCCAGAAACGAACGGAUUGCGAGUCUUGAAGGUCUCCUGCAAGAAAGCCAAGAGAAACUUACUCAGGCAAAUCAUCGGUUUGAGGCUCAACUCACUGCUGUUAAAGAGAGACUGGAGGCUGCGAAGCAGGGUUCGACUAGGGGUCUUCCGUCUAUGGAUGGCAGCGGCGGUUUCAGUUUUGGCGGCUCGAGAAUCGCGAAGCCGCUCCGGGGCGGUGGUGGUGGAGGGCCAGAGAGCAGUGCUCCCGUCGCAGGAGUCCAGUCGCAGGAGAGCGGAAAGCGCACAAGCUGGUUUUUCGAUCGACGAUGAUCCACGAUUUCUCUUUUGCUGUUUGUUCUACCCUUCCUCCGAACAUAUCUGAUUGUCUUUUUUCCCUUUCGUUUCGUGCAAAUAGUGCAGCAGCCUUUGUUGAGAACCCGUUCUUAUCAUCUUUCUUGGUGUCUAGAUAUCCUGCCGCUUUUUCUGCUCUCCUAUCUCUGUGAUUUGGCCGAUGACGAAGUCUGUUCCGCUGUGCUCAUGACGUUGCCCUUUUUCUGUUCCGUCUCGUUCUUGCAUCGCUGGUUACACCUAGAUUCCGAGCCACCGACGAGCCUAUGCGAGGAGAGGCCUCCGGUUCCCCUGAUACCCUUGUAUACCAGACCGAUAGAAAGCACCUCGGGAGGGGGGAAGGACGGUUUGGAGAUGAAUACAUAGUAGAUGAAUUUCACCGGAUGUCAAUAGAAGAUACGGUCUCAAUUAGUAGAUGUCAUUACUUCGCGAGGAGAAUCCU